AUGGAUAUAACACCUGAUCUAAGUCAUCUAACCGAAGAUGAACGAAAAAUCAUCGAGGCGGUUAUUAACCGACAGAAGGCUGAAGAAAAACAAGAUGCUUUGGCAUUACAGUCUCGUAUGGAUGAUUAUUCAGCACCUGUGGCUAUGGCUGGUCGUCGAAAUUCACAACAAGCAAAAACAUAUCCUCAUGGAAGUUUAUCGAAUGAAUCAGGUGUUUGUUGUGAAGUAUGUCAAAAAACGAAAUUCGUCGGUGAACAAUCAGCAAGACAAUGUUCAAUAUGUAAAAAACGUUUUUGUGUCCGAUGUGGUGUACGACUAAAAGGAAAUCAGUACAAUAAGACAUUUUGGCUUUGUAAUAUAUGUCGUCAGAAACAAGAACGUUAUUUUUCUUCACGAAAAUUGAUUCCGACAACAAGUUCAGUUUCGCAAUUGACCACAAAUGCAAUCAAUACGAAUAAUAUCGAUGAUGAAAAUACGAAAAAUAUCUCGAAACAAUAUGUCUCAGAUUAUAUUCUAUCUCAACCAUUCGAUAGCAAUGAAAAGGAAGAUGAAGAAAUGAACAUGAACAUGAACAGAAAUGGUGCUACUACAAAAAUCAAUCCAACUGUUGCGCAACCACGGAAACGGUUACUUCCAACAGCACAUAUUCGACGUCAACAACAACAACAACAACAGCAACAGCAACAACAGAAAGAGUCGAAAGACGAGUCGAGCUCCGAACAUGAAGACGAUGCUGCGUCUUCUCCGGAGUCAACUUCGAAUGUGGAUGAUAAUGAAUCUGUGCCACGUGUGAACAAAGUUGAUGAAGAUGUUCUUACAUCAUUACCAUUGUCACGAUCAACCCAUCAUCCACAAAUCCGUUUGAAAGAAUUCCAAUACCAUUCACUCGAAGAGAAAGAUAUCGGACAUGAAACAACAUUGAAAGAUUCAGGAAUUGAUACCGCGAGUUCGAGUACAAUACUGAAUGUUUUAUCAACGGAUCCGUAUCGUCAGCCAACAACAACUUGGCGUUUCAAUGAAAGUAGAACGGAACAAAUCGGUUAUGUUCAUCUGAAAAACAACACAUGGUCACCAGCGAUUCGUGAAGACUAUGAGCAAGGGAAUAUGGCGAUAGAAGACAUAUUCACUGCAUUAGGCCUAAAAGUUCAAGGAGGUGUUCGUCAGGAGAAUGAUGAUGGAACUGAAACAAUGGUUGCCGAAAUCAUUCGAGUAACACCAGGUAGUGUUGCCGACAAUAGUGGUCAAUUACAAGCUGGCGAUCAAAUUCUUGAAUGGAACGGACAAAAACUAACAAAUUUAAAUUAUAAUGAUGUUUAUCGUAUUAUUUCUCAACAUUCGAUGCAAUCACCAGAUAUACAUAUGAUUGUUAAACGGUCGAUCAGAUAUUCAACAUUGUCAAAUAACGAACAAUCAUUACUAAAUCCUCCUAUUUCAAGCAUAUCUUCCCAAGAACACGAGACAACAACAAGGAAGAAUGAAAACAAUAUUCGAUUACAACUUUCCUUUCAAUAUCACACUCAUCGACGAGAAUUUCAUGUUACAGUACACGGUGCUAGAGAUCUUCAUCUUCAACAAGGAUCAUUUGCUUGUCAAUUAUCUAUACAAUAUGGUCGAGAUUCCUUAUCAAAGGAACAAAAAUGUACGAAGCCACAAGCGUGUUCGUCUGGUGCAUGUACAUGGAAUCAACGUAUUAUCUUUUUCGACAUCAACACACUAGAUAAUCUUUCCCUAUGGAUCAAAUUAGUCGAUCUUGACCGUAAUCAAGAAGUUCUUGGCGAAAUUUGUAUUACAUUGACUGACGCAAAUUUAAAUUUCAAUGGAAUUCCAGAAUGGUACACUUUAACACCAAAAUAUACUCGAACACGACGUCUGUCAGGCAAGCGUUUUACUCAAAGUGAUAGCGAUGCAUCUGAACUCGAACAACAUGGAUCAUCAUUCAAUCGCGUUCUUCCAACUUUCAAUACGAAUAAUGAAGUAAUACCAUCAAUGAUUGACACAACUCAAGCAAGCGGUCGUAAGAGACAAUUGCCAAAUAUUCCUGCAGCUCAAUUACAUGCCAAUCGAGAAAAAGUUUCGCAAGAUUUAAUUCAAAAAGCCACACAGUUAAAAUUACGUCUUCAUAUACAACAACAACGGUCACUGAAUGAAACGAAUCUAAAUGAAAAACGGCAAAUGUAUGAAGAUCGAAUACAAAUAUUUAAUAACGAAGCCCACCAACUACCUCCGACGGCAACACAGCGUUCAUCAUUCCAAACUAGCAAAUCCAUUGAUACUGAUUCUCCACAUCUGCAUCAAACACCAUUAAUAACGAAACCAUACGAAUCCAUGACAAAUCUGGCGCAGAAAACGCCAUCAAGUACAGCAAUCGAAAGUUCCGGUUUGAAAGAAAAAACCACUUCACGGCCUCGAAUACCGAUUAUCCGAGAUAAAAGCGUGCCAAACACGCCGUAUCUCAAUCCAGCAUUAACCAGGCGUACAACAUCGGCUGGACAAAAUCGAGUUGAUUUAGAGAAAUCCAAAUUAAAAUCCUUUGAAGAAAAAUACCGAAGAAAUCCGAGAAGGAGAGAACCUUCAGAAACGCCCGGUGAUGAUGUAGAUUCCGAUGGAUCGGAACUCUCCACUGUUUCCAAGAUUAGUUCAGUUAGUAUGCUAUCAACACAAUCAGAACGACCUCGAAAUGUUCGAAAAACAGGAGCUCACACUCGCUUACACGAACAUCAUCAUUUCCAUCGCGAUGAUGAAGUUCAACUAAACGAAGAAGAGCUUCGACAGAUUGCUAUGAGUACACAUGAUACAGUGAGGCAGCCACCACCACCAGCAACCACAGCAGCAGCCGCCGCCGCAGCAAAGCCCGACGUGACAGCAUCAUCGACGCUUUUCAGUGAUAAUAAACUAAUUAAUUCAGCUGCAAUGUCGAAGACAGAUCCGCGUAAUGAUGGAACAUUAUCUGAUUCUGUUCUGAGUUCACAGCCUGGUGAAUCGAAUAAAAAGCGUCGCCCAUCGAUGUCAUCGAAAGCACUUGUCAUACUUGGCUUGUCAAAGAAGACAAACAGCACAUCUAAUCUUGGCUAUGGAAAACGUUUCGGUUUUCAACGUAGUGAAGAGAUCGGUGUUCAACCUCAUUUACGUAGUCGAACGUUACAAAAGCAAACAAGUAAAGAAAAUGAAACGCCAACGAGUGCACCGGCAACAGAUGUUUCUCAAUCGCCAUUGGCACUGUCUCAUCAACGUGAUCAAUAUCAUUCCAUGCCACAUGAUAUGAAAUUAUGGUCCGGUGCACUUAGAUUACCACACGAACAUCAAUUCGCUGACUUUAUCGAAGGUCUUGGUGCUGGUCAAUUAGUUGGUCGACAAGUUCUCGCUUCUCCUUGUCAUGGUGAAAUCCAAGUUGGUCUUCGUGAUCAACAUGGUUUACUCGAAGUGGAAAUUGUUCGAGCGAGAAAUUUACUUCAGAAAGCUCUAUACAAAAUGCCACCCGCUCCAUAUGUAAAAGUGUAUUUACUCGAUGGGAAAACUUGUGUAGAAAAACAACGUACACGAACGACACGUCGAACAUUAGAUCCAUUGAUACAGCAAACAUUGAUCUUCAAAGAAAAUUAUCGGGAUAAAGUCCUACAGAUUGGUGUUUGGGGUGAUUAUGGAAAGCUAGAUCGCAAAGUCUUCAUGGGUGUUUGUCAAAUCAAUGUUGAAGAUCUCCGUUUAAGUAGUACUGCAGCUCAAGUCUUAGAUUGGUACAAACUAUUUUCUGCUAAUUCUCUGAUGAAUAACUACACGAUUGUCCAACAAUCACCGAAACGAAGAACUUCAACAGGAACAAAUGAUUCAAUUAGUUCGUACAAAACUAAUUCCAAAUUUUGA